UAUGAUUUGAAUAAUCCUCCCGCUCUACAUGUGCCUAUUUAUAUAGCAAUUAAAAUUUGAAGCAUUCGCAAAUUAUAAAUCAAAGAACUAAUAGUAAUCAUUCUUGGUAGCUCAUCAACUCUUCCAUGGCUAUUCGCAUUGCUAUCAUACUAGUUUUCAUUUCUGUUUUUUUAAUGCAAGAAAUUCUUGCACAAAAUAGUUUUGAUAAAUACUAUGACCCUCUAUGGGGAUUGAAUCACAUCACAGUUGAUCCUCAAGGAACUGAAGUUCAACUUUUGAUGGAUCAGUCAUCAGGCGCUGGAUUUAGGUCAAAAUUGGAGUAUGGGUCAGGGUUGUUUCACAUAAGGAUGAAGAUACCAGAGAAAAGAACUGGAGGAAUAGUUACAACCUUCUAUUUAACUUCAGCCCCAGACAACCAGCCCCCAAAUAAUCAUUUUGAAAUAGAUUACGAGUUCAUAGGCACAAACGGCACUGUCCAAACCAAUGUCUAUAACAAUGAUGAAGGCCACAGAGAGCAAAGCUUCAAUCUUUGGUUCAAUCCUUCACAAGAUUUCCACACUUACGAAAUUCUAUGGAACUCUCGCCAGAUAGUAUUCUUGGUGGAUAGUAUUCCGAUAAGAGUGUUCAAGAACAACACUGCACAAGGAAUAGAUUAUCCUUGGAAACCGAUGCACAUUGAAGCGAGUAUAUGGAAUGCGAAUUGGGCAGGAGACGUGGAUUGGACCCAAGCUCCGUUCGUGGCUCAUUUCGAGGAUUUCGGCUUCAAGGCUUGCGAAGCCAACGCCGGUGAUUGCAGCAGAGACAGUUAUUGGGAGUUCGACGAUGAGCAGAAACGAAAAAUGCAGCAGUUUAGAAGAUCGUCUAUGACUUACGACUACUGUUCUCAGCCUUCUACCUCCAAGCCGGAAUGUGCCUUCAAUAUUUGAAGGAAAUAUGAUUAUUAUUAUUAUGUAAUGUAUUCAAAUCUUGAUCGCUAUUUAAUUAUAUUUCAUCUGAAA